CUAGUGUCGAUGAUCUGGGCGUGUUGCGUAUAUAUAGGCUCAGAAGUCGACGGUGCUGCCGCUGACGGAAGUGACGGUGCCUCACUGCGCAGAGGUUGGCGAUCAAGCCUGAGUCCGCUGGGCCAUGCGCAGAAGCAAACUUCAGGUAGGUGAUCUGGCCCGAGUCCUCUGGACCAUGUGCAGAAGCAAACCGCAGGACGCAGUAUCGCCGGAUCCGCGCUCCUUGUGAUAUCUGUGUAGGGAAUAGCAGAUGCUUAUUAGCACGAAUGCCAGAGGCUCCCUCGUGCACGCUCGCAACUGCUGCCACUAGUGUCGAUGAUCUGGGCGUGUUGCGUAUAUAUAGGCUCAGAAGUCGACGGUGCUGCCGCUGACGGAAGUGACGGUGCCUCACUGCGCAGAGGUUGGCGAUCAAGCCUGAGUCCGCUGGGCCAUGCGCAGAAGCAAACUUCAGGUAGGUGAUCUGGCCCGAGUCCUCUGGACCAUGUGCAGAAGCAAACCGCAGGACGCAGUAUCGCCGGAUCCGCGCUCCUUGUGAUAUCUGUGUAGGGAAUAGCAGAUGCUUAUUAGCACGAAUGCCAGAGGCUCCCUCGUGCACGCUCGCAACUGCUGCCACUGACUACUGGAUGACGUUAUGUGCAUACCUCCUGUUCGUUAACGCUGCUUUAAUAUCGUGAGCAAUAUAAGCGGGCACACGCUAACGCGUGGCAAACAGCCUAGAAACCGAGUUAGAGCGGUACGUGGAUGGCGCUGUCGAAAGCAGAGGGGAAAGAGGGACGCUCUUCCGCUAACUGCUAACCCUCCCACCGCGCCUGCGUUUGUCGAAAACGGCAACCAACGGCAUUUCACUGACCGCCGAUUGCCGAUAAGGUGGUUACGUGCUCAGUAACUUACAGCGAGUCAUUAUUUUUUAGCCACAUUUUCUUUCUUCUUUUCAUUUGGAGCGUUUGCGUGUCUGAAGCGCCCGUUCGUGCGUAUAGCGUAAGUUAUUUUCAGAUACACCCCCAUAAGACUUGAUGUUUACAUUAAGCACGUCAUCGUGUCACGCGUUCCAGACAGACGGACAGAUUUCCCAGGGAAGGAGCUCUCACAUGUUUACGCUUCAAAACAGUGCUGCUAUUGGCUACGCUUUGGUGGACAGAGUUGCCAGUAACCGCAAUAUCAAGUAGCUUUAUCAAUGCGUGCUGGCGAUGUGAAGGUCCGCACUUUGUAUAAAGAGAUGCAUGGUGCGACUUCCAACAGUGAUCAAAACGGCGUCCUCCUUUCCACUCUGUUUCCGACGGUGGCCACCACAUAUCGCCCCAUAGCAGGGUUCGAGGCUAUGUGACACGUGCACCUCUGUUCCCGCCCAUAGUGCUCGCGAUAGUGCAGCACUUCUUUCUAUAUCCAAGUCUUACUGAACUGCAUUUACGAGGCAGCACUCCGUUUCGCCAUCCAGUGGACUGUUGAAUCAUGUCUACGGCACCUCAUGCAGGCCAUGCCGUCGACGCCAGCUAUGCCCUCGACAACAGCAGCAACGAAUGGAGCGCGCAGAACCUUCCAUGCACCAAGGGGGAUGGUGCGAGCUGUAAGUUACUGGAGCACCAUCCGGAAAUUAAUAGGGUACUUCUAGGCGCUGCCCUGCAGCUUCGGGAAGACAAGCGAGGACAGAGCAGAGGCGAUGCCCUUAUUGCGGCUGUCGAGGCAAGCACUUGCCGGUCCGCCUCAUACAGCUCUGAGGAAAACUCGUGCAAAGCGAGAGCACUGGAUCUUGUUGAGCUUCUACUCGCGGAGCACCACUGCAUCACGGCAAUGGAAUUCACUAGGAACUUUAUGCUUCGCCCAUCGUUGCUCUCAGUAGUAAAACGUCAUCCCCAUUUGAACAGCUUUACUGUAUGCGGAAGAUUCAUUGCAUCUGACCGCGCAGCUGUGGUGUUCGACGUGAUAAGGUCUUUGCCGCAGCUCAAGAAUCUAGUUUUCAAGUCUUACGAGUUCGAGGACUGCUCGACUACGAACUGCCUCAUUGACUACUCCUUUGACCUUCGCAUAAGUUGUCUAUCGACCCUUGACCUCGCAGAGCUGCGAUUUCCCAGCACUGAGGCCGGUUCGCUCGUCCAAGCACUCAUUGAAAACGAAAGCAUCACCGACCUCUGCGUAGGAAAAUCCGUAUUCUCGUACGGAGAUGAAGACUCCUAUCCAAGAUUUUCGACGUACCUCGCGAAGGAAAAUUGCCCGCUGCGAAAAUUGACGCUCAAAUCGAACGCCUACUUCAUCAGCGGGUCACUCAUGAGGGAACUCGUUGACGCAUUCUGCAAAAUGAAUUUUUUGAAGGAACUGAACGUGGACAUCGAGGACAUCGAGACAACAAUGUUCGUACCUACGUUCGCCCUCUUCGCCGAAGUGGCCACUCGGAGCGCCAAACUACGCAUCCUAAAGUUGCCUUGGACGUUCACAUAUACCCAUCUCGGUGCCCCCAUUACACGUCCUGAAGCCACGCAAUGCAUGAAGUCCUGGCAAACAGCCUUGCAAGGAUCGAAGUCACCGCUCAAGCAGCUGCGCGUCGACUUGACGGGCUUCGGCGAAGCGGAAUGCGACACUUUCUUCGACGCAAUAGCCAACAAUGAAUCUCUGCGGUUGGUGGAAGUCGACACUUUGCCAUUCAUCGAUGGGCUCGACAGGCUCUCCAAAACUAUUCUGGAGCGAGGUCUGAACGAUCGAGUGGUCAUCAAAGGACACCAUCGCCACAGCAACGCAAUGAAUCUGCUGAAAUGCCCGCAAAUCAGCAGCGUGGACUUAACGCUGGGGUGGUUCGUUUCCCGCCAACGUGUCGUACUGCAGUCAGUUAUCUCGACUCUGGAAGUGGUCGGUAGCUCCAGUAACGUAAGGUCAAUGCUGGUUGAGUGCAAUAGAUUCAAUCGCGACGAAAUACAUGCCUUGGCGGCAUGCCUAAGGAAUGCGGUUGUACUCACUGAUGUCGACAUAAACCUGAGGGGCGCUUUGGCUGUCUUAUCAGAAAAGGAUCGUACGGAUGUCCGGGCGGAACUAGUGUCAGCACUGGCCUCCAACCUCAAACUUGUCAAAGUCAGCAUCAAAGGCAUGCUGCUGUCCAAUGACGACUUGAACGUCCUCGCACAUUUUGCCAGCAAGAGCCUCAGCCUCACCGAAUUCACCAUGACUCCUGCCUGUUGUGGCGAUACCACGACUAGCAAGCUUUGUGGAGAGCUGCAAAUUGCUUUUGAGCGAAGGCCCGAUGCGUUAACGGAAGCAUUCAACUUCAAGAACAUCGCACUUGCAGACAUCCUGCUAGCAACCAGAAGGAAUGCCUCCGCCCUCUCGGCCGCUUCACAAUUCGUGCUAGGUCAGCAAGAUACCUUGGACGGUGCGGAUGCCAUCGAGCUGAUGCACGACCAUCCACGCCUCCUCGAGAUGGUGAUGGAAGGUGCUGACGUCACAAAGACCAAAGCUAAAGAGAAGAUCAGCAGCGCUCUUCUGCGUGUGCACCACUGUAGCCUUGAGGAGUUUAUGAGAAUCGCAGGCGUCGUCAAGGAGAGGGUGGAGUGCCUUCGUGAUCCCGAUGCCAGGUUUCAGCUCGUUGACAUUAACGAGCACUGCUGGCUGCACAUUCGCAGGUUCCUAAAGAUAAGGGACGUUGUCAACAUUGAGCCGGUGUCAGUCGAUCAAAACGACGCGUGGGCUUUUGAAUACGAUUAGCACAUCAUAAAUAAAAGACCUAGCAUUCUGCUGAGCGGAAACGUGCUUAGUCUGAGUACGAGUGGCACCCAAGGAAUAAAAUUUUACAAUAUUUAGUGACCUUAUACUCUGUUAAAAGGGUAAUCACCGAAGCUGUGUGGGAUGACUACAUUGACGACUAUAUUGAUUCAUAUGGUUAUUGAUACAUUGGUUGAAAAAAAGACGCCUGCAACUUCGUG